CUCUCAAAACUUUCUCUACUUUCUCAUUAGAAAAGUGAUCGUUUAGUAUUUAAUUUUUUAAUUUAAAAUACCAUUUAAUUUAAACCCCAUAUAAUAAUGAAGUUUUUGGGAAAACAUAAGUUUUCUCAAAUUCUCGUUAAAUUCUUCGUACCAUUAGUGUGUUGCAUUGCCUUAGCGCAGGCACUUCCCGGCGGCCAAUCUGUGUCCAGCAGAAGCCAAGAUGAUUGGGGAAACUAUCAGUUCGGUUAUGAUAUCGUAGACGAAUACGGCGCCCAAAACGGACGGGAAGAGAAGGGUGACGCUCACGGCAACAAAGCCGGCUCAUACACCAUCAGAGACGCCGAUGGUCGAUCCAGACGUGUCGACUAUGUUGCCGACGCCCACGGAUUCAGAGCCACCAUCGGAACCAACGAACCCGGAACCGCCACCUCCAACGUCGGUGACGCCACUUACCUCAGCUCCGCCCCCAUCAUCACCGCCGAGCCCGCCCGCCACGUGUUGGCCGCCGCGCCCGCAUACCACGCACCCGCUGUGUUGGCCGCACCCGCCUAUCACGCCGAUGCCUAUCACGGAGACGCCUAUCACGGACCGGCCCUCCGAUCGUACGGCGCCCCCCUCGCCGUCGCCCACUCCGCACCCCUGUUGGCCCACUCGGCGCCACUCAUCCGAUCGUACAGCGCUCCGUUGGUCAGCCGAUACGCCGCUCCCCUGGCCUACGGUCACGGACUCAACGGUCACGGAGCCGUCCACUGGAAAUAA